AUGGCUCACAAGUCCCACCUUUUUGCCCUGCUGGCUCUCCCCCUUAGCUCCGUUGACAGCGGCUUCGCAUUUUACGCCUAUGAAGGAGAUGAAUUUCAUGGAUCCGAGAUUCAUUAUAAAGAUGGAUUGGCUUUCAUCGGGAUCGCGGAAACCUCGGGCUAUGACAGAUUAACUCAAUUGUUACUCAGUAGCGGCGAGAAAUCUGGAAGUGUUUAUUAUCUCGUCGCAAACCCUCAAGACUCAGCUCGAGCCUGGGUAAACGAGUUAAUCUUUGUACCUAAUUACCCUCUAGGCUCAGCCGGGGGGAUGACUGUCAGCUUUACUAAAAAGGCUACUUCCAGCCAGGCUGUUGGAGGCUGGGAAUGGGAUGAGUAA